UUUAGGGAACUCCGGCUUUUGCAAAUGAUGAUACACGAAAAUGUUGUUAGCUUGGUUGAUAUUUACACACCUGAUAGUUCACCAGAAAACCUCAAGAGUGUGUACAUUGUUACAGAAUAUGCUGGCAUGAGCCUUUUUACAAUUAUGAAACGGCAGCGUGAAUCAGGCAGAGUGCAAUUAACACCUGACCAUCACCAGUUUAUUAUAUAUCAAUUGCUUCGAGCACUGAAUUUCAACAAGGAUACAAAGUUACAGGUUAUACACAGAGAUUUGAAACCGAGUAACCUAGCAUUAACUAGUGAUUGUGAUCUUACUGUCCUUGAUUUUGGGCAAGCUCGUACUUUGGAUAAUAACGGUGUUAACCUGACUGAGUAUGUAAUGACGAGAUGGUAUAGAAGCCCGGAGGUUAUGUUUUGGAAGAUCGGCGCGUAUGAUCAACAGGCUGAUAUGUGGUCGGUUGGUUGUAUAUUAGGCGAACUUUGUCUUGGCCACGUUUUGUUUCAAGGCGACGACUGGUUCGCACAGUAUGAAUUAAUUGCACGUCUAUGUGGAAGUCCAGACGACAUCCUGAUGGGCAAAAUUAAAGAAAAUGAGGGUGUUUACAAUGUAUUAAAGCAUCAUGGGAAAUGUCCACGGCAGCAGUUCAGUAAAAUAUUCCCUUCCGACUCUCCAGAUUUAAUUGACUUUCUGGAACGUACACUUGUACUGGAUCCUGAAAGGAGAAUGACAGUAGAAGAAGGUCUUGCUCACCCUUAUCUUCACAAAUACUCGAUGCCAGAUGACGAACCUGUAGCAGAUCAUCCCUUUGUUAUAGAACAUGGAAAUGACAAUAAUUUAACGCUUCCCCGUUGGAAAGGUGAGUUUUUAUACAUUUCUUAG